GGAGACUGGUAAGCGUCAUCCACAAUAAGAGAUAAUGGACAGUCGCGUCCACCAAUUAAUGUUCGGUCUUGGUACAUUUGACCAAUGAAAACGUACAAAAAAUGUAGCCGUAGUUAGAUAGAGAGUGCGAGGACAGUAUCAAGUACCCGAACCUCUAUGAUAAAGGCAGCGAGAAAAGACUAAUGAUCCAGCAUGUGGAGCCAGUUAUUCCAAUAACAUGGACAAGUACGAAAAGGUGAAGAAAAUUGGGGAAGGUUCAUUUGGAAAGGCUAUCCUGGUCAAAUCCAAAGAUGAUGGACACCAAUAUGUCAUCAAGGAGAUUGGCAUAUCUGGAAUGUCCAGCAAAGAGAGGCAGGAAUCUCGGAAGGAAGUUGCUGUUCUUGCCAACAUGAGUCAUCCAAACAUCGUCCAGUAUAAGGAAUCUUUUGAAGAGGGUGGCUGCCUGUAUAUUGUGAUGGACUACUGCGAGGGUGGAGACCUAUUCAAAAAGAUCAACUCUCAGAAAGGGGUACUGUUCUCAGAAGCGCAAAUCCUAGAUUGGCUUGUGCAGAUCUGCCUAGCGCUCAAGCAUGUACACGAUCGAAAAAUUCUCCACAGAGACAUAAAAUCACAGAACAUCUUUUUGACAAAAGAUGGAACAGUUCAGCUUGGAGACUUUGGAAUUGCAAGGGUGCUGAACAGCACUGUAGAACUGGCAAGAACAUGCAUAGGAACACCAUAUUACCUGUCACCAGAGAUCUGUGAAAAUAAACCAUACAAUAACAAAAGUGAUAUUUGGGCCCUAGGGUGUGUUCUGUAUGAAAUGUGCACUCUUAAGCAUGCAUUUGAGGCUGGCAACAUGAAGAACUUGGUUCUUAAGAUAAUUCGCGGGUCGUACCCUCCUGUGUCUUGUCACUACUCCCAAGAACUGCGAUCUCUCCUUGCACAGCUGUUUAAACGCGACCCUCGAGAGCGACCCUCAGUCAACAGAAUACUGGACAAACCUUUCCUCUCCUGCAGGAUUGAGAAGUUUCUCACACCACAGAUCAUUGCUCAGGAAUUUCGCCAUACUUUUCUUCACAAGCAGCCUAAAUCGGGUGUGGCACAGGUGCCAUCAGCCUCAGCCCAGAAGAUUACAAAACCAGCCGCCAAAUACGGAGUGCCUUUAACUGUGAGGAAGGUCCCAGAUGGAGCCAGAAAGCCUGCAGACAAGAAACCAGCUGGAAAACACAAACCGGCCCUUCUCCCAGCAACCCCCCAGAGAAGAGUGAGUCAAGUGGAAGAAGAGAGGAAAAAACACGAGGAUGGCAUCAGAAAGAAGAGGAUGGACAUGAUCGAGAAAGAAAGGAAACAGAGAGAGCAGAUGUUCAUGUUAAAAGCGGAGCAGAUGAAGAGAUAUGAAAAGGAAAAGAUCAAUCGAAUAAACCAAGCAAGAGAACAAGGCUGGAAGCAUGUCUUGAGUUCUAGUGGAGGUAGCAGCCCAGAGAGAAAGUGUUUUGUAGGAGGUGGAAAGAGAGGUGCACAUGUUGCUGCUGUUCAGGGUUCUACUCUAGCUCCUCUCCCUGGUAAAAGCCCUUAUGAACACUACCAUGCAAUCCUCGACCAAAUGGCUAAACCGACGCCUAAAGAUGUCAGCAGGGAGAGCUCCUCAGCUGGACCUUGCAGUCCCAUUCGUGUACCAGCUGCUGCAGGCACAGUGCUUCCUAACAGCCCUGCUCGACGACUAGACCCUGACGUAAUCAAGAGAGAACUCCACAGGCUGCAGCAUGUUUCCAAACAAGCCCAUAUUAGCAGGCAGCGCGGUCAAAUGGCAGUUGGGCGAGCCUUUCAAGUUGAGGAGUUUUUGCAGCGGAGGAGGGAAGCUAUGCUCAACAAAGCCCGUGCUGAAGGACAGCUGGGUACUCGGCAAAACCUGGCAGCAAUCUAUGGAGGCCGGGCUGGUGGUGUUCGGUGCAGGAGGUCUAAAGCCAACAAAGAGGAGGAGGAGUACUUGGCAAGGCUCAGACAGAUCCGCUUGCAGAACUUCAAUGAGCGCCAGCAGAUCAAAGCUCGACUCAGAGGAGAGAAGUAUGAUAGCGAUGGUUCUGACAGCCAGGAGUCCAGUGAGGAGGCCGAGCUCAGGAGAAAGAAGAUAGAGGCUUUAAAAGCACAAGCUAAUGCCCGUGCAGCUCUUCUGAAAGAGCAGCUAGAGAAGAAGAGGAGAGAAGCAUAUGAGAGAGAGAAAAGGGCAUGGGAGGACCAUCUUGCAGCACGAGGGGUCAAAGGUGGCAUGGCGGGAGCAAAUAUAGUGGCCUCAGAAGCAGUAUCGUCUACCUCUGAUAGUCCUCUUCCACAGCCAGGCCCCUCUCAGCCAGAACCAGCUGCCAAAACUCCAGCCCUGCCUACACCCAAACCCUCCACCCCAGCUAUAUCCAUGACUGCUGCCCUAAAGAACGUUGGAGCAAUGACACCACUAAAGGAGAGCUUGCCUGAACCAGAGUCUGCAACCAUGAUCCAGAGUGAGAAGAAGCAGAUUCUGCGCAGACUUAACCAGAACCUUAAAGCUCAAAGCCCAGUGGAGGAGUCUCCUUCGGCCCCAGCAGAAUCAAGUCCUGCUCCAACCCAAAACCAGUCUGAUACAGACAAGCGCCCCUCUUCCAAUGAAGACCGGAAGAAGUGGGAAGCAGCAGAGCUACCUGUACUUCCCGUGGCUCAGCAAACUUUAGAGGAAACGUGUGCCACAGCAAGCACCACUUCAGCAUCUCCAGAUGGUAGGCCGUCCUCUGGUGGUGACAGGAAGAAGUGGGAGGCAGGAGUUCCACUUGUCCUCUCUGCAGCUCAGCAAACUCUAGAGGAUACAUCCCUCAUGACCAUUGAGCAAACAGCGGGCGAAGUUAUACAGAUGGCUGUGCUACAGGAAGAUGCUCCCAGGAAGAUGUGGGGAGCAAGUCCAGACUCUCAGGUGCUGAAGGUACUUAAGGAGGCAGAACUUCAGCCACUCACCCAGCCACUGGAGACUCUCACCAUAUGUGAGGACGAGUCUUCUAGUCCUGUUAAAUUAAACCAGAUGACAGCAGAAGCUGGCAUUGUGAAGAUACCUAAAGAAGUGUUACCCCCUGUAGUGGCUGAGAGUCCUGCAGCUACAGAUGUGGCCUCACAUCAAGAAAUCUCCAUGGCUGCUGCAAUAGAGAGCCCAACACUGCCAACCAGCGUUACUGAGACUCAGGAUCCAGCAGACUUGGAGUCGGUGUUUUUAGAGGAAACCCCUAAACAGGCCUCACGUCCUCCAAACAGUGUGCAGCAGGCUUGGGAGCAGGAAGGCCAACAGCAAAUGCCAGCAGAGGGCGAUAUAAGACCAACAGAUAACAAAGAGGCUGAGCAGAGUGCAGACAAAGUUCCUGAGCCAUCAGCUCAGCAUGAGGAGCCCCUAUUUAUGAAACUGUGUUCCCCGGCCCACCGACGCACUGCCGCCCUCGCUAUCCUUUCAGCCCAGUCCUCCAUGGAUGAAUCAUCCUCCUCUCUGGCCUCUCGCUCACGCUCUGUCUCACCUCUACGCUCCAAACACCAGAAUGCACUUCUCAUUGGUCUUUCUACAGGCAUGUUUGAUGCCAACAACCCCAAGAUGCUGCGGACAUGCUCUCUACCAGACCUGAGUCGACUCUUCAGCUCUCAGCAGGACGUUACAGUGACUGGCGAGGCUAACGUUGCUCCAGACAACAACCUGGAAAUUGAGGACCUGGAUGAGGCAGGAAAAGAUGAUGACCAGUCUGAGACAGAGGAUGCUUAUGAAGAUGAAGAUCUGCGUGACAUCAGGGCAUCCAUGGAGAGACUGCUGCAAGAGGAGGUUGGAGCUGGUGACUUUAAUGGAAACCCUUCUGAGAGCGGAGACCAGGAGCUUUUCAACAGGAUCGCAGCUGAAAUCGAUCAGGACAACAAUCAGAUGGCGGUAGAUGAUGAUGAUGACGAUGAAGAUGAGGAUGAAGAAGAGGAAGAUGAUGAAGGAGAUGAGGAGGAAGAGGAGGAGGAGGAGGAAUGCUCAAAUGGAAGUCCUGCUGAUGAGGAGGCAGGGGAAUUGCUUACCAAUGGUGUGGGAGAGGAGAACCACAGUAAUAACAGGCAGCUCAAUGAAGAAUGGCAUUCGGAUGGCAGCGGAGAGGAGCAGGGCGGAGAGAUGGAGCAUCAUGACAGCAUCUUCAGCCGUCUGGAAGAGCUUCGGUUCAAACUGGAGCAGCAGAUGGGUUUUGAGAAGUUCAUUGAGGCCUACAAUAAGAUUAAGGCCAUACAUGAAGAUGAGGAUGAGAAUAUUGACCUGGGCUCCAGUUUGGUCCUAAGCAUUCUGGGAACUGAGCACCAGCAUCUGUAUCCCAACAUCCUUCAUCUAGUGAUGGCAGAUGGCGCUUAUCAAGAAGAUAACGAUGAGUAAUGUUUUGUGCAAUGGAGCUGCUGGCGGCUUUGACAAUCUGCUAGCAAUCUGAUGUCUUCCUGUGACACACGCGAUCGGCAGAAGGAUCUAUGCAUGAAGUGUCCCAGCCUCACAUCUAACAGUGUUUCAGGCACACUUGCAUGAUGUAUAACUAAAACACUCAAGACUGUACUUCAUACUUUGACUAUCAGCACCUGACACUCUUUUCUAACCAGUGUUCUUUCAAAAGUGCAUUAUGGAAAAAGACAUGUGUUGUUGUUAACCAAAGUUUACUGCAAAAUCAAGUAAAUGUUUCGUCCACAUCUGUGAGUGAAAGACGCACAUGGGUUGUCACGAUUAAAAGCAUAGACUUUGUUGUGUUUAACAUUGUUGUUGGUUCAGUUGGACUCUUUGGUGGGUGAAGAUCUGGUCCUCUCAGGUGCUCUCUUUCUGUCCCAUCCUCUACCACAGCUUCAGAACUUUAACCAGGUCAGGAUUUUUUUUCAAAACCAGUUCAGCCUCUUUUUCUUGUGAUUGUUGUCACCAAAUAAGAAGUUAAAUAAUAUCUAAGGCAUUUUCCAUGUUUCGUACUGCUUCGAUUAAAUUAAGCAAAGUGAAACAUUUUUGUGAGUGAGACUGUUGUAUAUGUUGCCAAGGAACUGUAGCAAGACUGUGGUUGGUGUGACAGGUGGAGCAGGUCAGAGUUGUACUGAUGAUAUAACUUGUCAUAUCGACGCUAACAGUAAAUCAUGUUUGUUUCUAAAUUUAAAUACUGCAGAACUUUAUAUGAAAUAAAAACCUUUUUUAAAGAA